UCCGGCAUUGCCAAUCCUCCUGGCUACUUAGUUGUUGGUGUGCGAACAAUCAAAGCUGAGUGCAAGAGUUGGUUCUCCAAAGACCUGCAACAACUACGACAUAAUCUACAAACAAAUCAACACGCGCUCGCACGCACACACGCAGCUAGUUCACCAACACAAAGAAUUGGCGGUAAGGACGUUAAUUAAUCACAAGUUUGCGGUAGUCAAUUGUCAGCAAUAAGCGAGCAAUACCACUGCCAUACACACACACACACACACACACAAAAAUAUACACUUACACUCCCACUAGCCGAGAAGAGAGGCUUAGCUGAGUAUCAAAAAUUGGCUAACUCCAGCUGACAGGAACACAACACACAAAGCGUGUGUCAUUGAUGACGUGAGCUUAUCAGCAGCGCUUGCCACGUCAACAUAGCCGGCAAGCGAGCGCCUGCUGCUGACAUCAUUGUAAGCGCAGCAGGUAAUUAACGAACAACCACCGGCCAGGAGAGAGUUCAAAGCUGAAAGUCCCAUCUGCUGCGGCGCACAUCCGCAAACGCAUUGCGUGCACCGCCCGCAACCACUAUAUAUGUACACAACACACGACAUGCUAAGCCACAUAAAUAACAGUAUAGCGAGUUGUUGUCAUAGCAACUACAAAAUGCACAGCCAGCGUGAUCAAGAAACGUGCGAAAGCACAAGCACAAAGCAAAGCAAUCACACGCCACCGACGGCGCCGCAAAGACCACGCUACCCGCGCUACCACCGCAGCGCGAGCCUCUCCGCAUUUAUGCUGCUUAUCACACAAUCGCUACUCCUGCUGCUGCUUAUCGAUAGCAUUGCGCCUACAGCUGGUAACCCCGAUUGGAUGCAACGCUGCAGCAUGUGCCAUUGCAAUUGGAAUUCGGGUAAGAAAACAGCUGAUUGCAAAGCGCGCUCCCUCACCGCCAUACCCGACGACCUGAGCAACGAGAUGCAAGUGGUCGAUUUCUCGAAUAAUAUAAUACCCGAGUUGCGGCGUGAUGAGUUCGCGGAUGCGAAUUUGCAGAAUUUACAUAAAAUCUUCCUGCGCAAUUGCACCAUACAAGAAUUGAAUCGCGAUGCACUCAAAGGUCUCACCAUACUCAUCGAGCUGGACAUGUCGCACAAUUUCAUACGCGAGCUGCAUGUUGGCACUUUCGGCGGGCUGGAAAAGCUGCGCAAUCUCGUCAUGAAUCAUAAUGAGAUCGAGGUGCUGGAGAGUUAUCUCUUUGUAGAUUUGCCAUUUUUGUCGCGCGUCGAAUUUAAGAACAAUCGCCUCAAGACGGUGGAAGUUCAUGCGUUCGGUCAACAGCCUAUGCUUUCGGCAAUCUACCUGGAGGCGAAUGCGUUAUCUGUGCUGCGCAAGGAGACCUUUGCGCGCAUACCCAAACUGAUGCAUUUAUCGUUGGCGCAAAACCCCUGGAAUUGCACGUGCGAACUGCAAGCCUUUCGCGACUUCGCGCUCGCCAAUCGCCUCUACACACCGCCUACAGAUUGCGCACAACCACCGGCGUUACGCGGCAAGCUUUGGACUGACAUACCGUCGGAGAAUUUUGCUUGCUAUCCGCGCAUACUUGGUUCGGUACGUUCAUUCGUCGAAGUGCAAUCGGAUAAUAUAACGUUGCCAUGUCGUGUCGAAGGCUCACCGCGGCCCAAUGUCACUUGGAUUUACAAUCGGCGCGUCGUUAAUCCAAAUGACCAACGUUUCCGCAUACUGAAUUCCAUCGAGCAGCAGCCACUCAUCAGCUCUGACCCGACGGAGUCGAUCACUUCCGAGUUGCGCAUCUUCAACGUACGCGCGAGCGAUAAAGGUAUGUACACCUGUAUUGCGGAGAAUCGAGGCGGCAAAGCGGAGGCUGAAUUCCAGCUGAUUGUCGAUGGCGACUUCUUUGGUGCACUCGAGGGCAUGGGCGGUGGCAUCGGCGCUUCCACAACAGAUACACAAUCGAAUUUUCUACUUGUCAUCUGUCUGAUCGUCAUCACAGUGUUACUGCUGCUCAUGUGUGUGUUGCUCAUUGCCUGCUGGUAUUGUCGACGUGUACGUUCCUAUCAGAAAGAUACGACAAUGAUGAGUGAAAAUGGGCUGAUAUCAACGAAAAUGGAUAAAACCAAUAGUUCAAUGCUUGAGGGAUCGGUGAUUAUGGAAAUGCAGAAAAGUCUACUAACCGAAGUGAAUCCGGUUGAAAAGCCACCACGACGCACCGAACUGGAAAAUGUAGAUGGGAGCGAUGAGGGACAUGAAAUCAAAAAGACGCUACUGGAUGAAUCACAAUUUGGCAAUCACCCACGCGACGAUGAAACCCACUCGGUCGCUCUAUCGGAUACCACAGUGCCUCGUGUGCGCCAUACCUACAUCGAUGACACCUACGGCACCAGCUUGCCACCCGAUCUACUCGCCUUCCCCGCUCGCGUGCCGCCAACUUCACCUUCCAUGCAGUCAUCGCACAGCAACAUACCCGAACAAAUUAUCUACGGCAUACGUUCGCCACCGCUUACCAGCCCCGUUUAUGCGCAUAUGACGCCGCAUGGCAUCUACGGCACCACGACCAUCGCCGCCGCCACACCGAACGGUUUCAUGACACUGCAGCAUCCGAAGUCGCGCAAUUUGGCAUUGAUCGCCGCGGCUAACAGUCGUCAGCAGCAACAGCAACAACAGCAGCAGCAACAUGUACACCUAGCCCACCUAGCGCCGCAACAUGGCGCACAACAACAGCAAUCACCCUUCCUGCCAGCACCUGUUAUGUACUCACCAACCACAGCGGUGGUGAUGAAGCAAGGCUACAUGACGAUACCACGCAAACCACGCGUACCCAGCUGGGCGCCAUCUACUUCCACCACAAAUCAGACACAGCUAAGCGAAUUCCAGUCGCCCACAUCGCCAAAUCCGAGCGAAACGGGCACCGCGACGACAGCUGAACUGCAAUCGGAGCCAGUCUACGACAAUCUUGGACUGCGCACAACUGCCGCUGGUAAUUCGACGCUGAACUUGCACAAAGUACAUCCGGAAGUAAGUAGCUGUGCCUCCACAUCCUCACGCUACACAAUGCGCGAUCGCCCACUGCCGGCCACGCCGAGUCUAACGUCGGUGGCGUCGAGCACAGCAGCCAUGCAGCAGCAGCAACAACAGGCACAACAAGUGCAACAACAGCAGCUACAGCAACAGUCGCAACAACAACAAGCUGUACCCAGCACUUCAGCAGCAGCGGCGGCGGCGGCGGCAGCAGCAGCAGCAGCAGCAUCAGCAACGGCUUCAAAAAUUUACGAACCCAUACAUGAACUGGUGAAUAAUAAUCAUCACCUGACGACGACCUCCGACACAGAGCCGCUUUAUGGCACUGCGCGACAUCACAACGGUCUCACCAUUGUGCCGAGUGUCAACAAUGUUAAUAGUGGUGGCAGCAGCGUUGGUGCCUCGAAUACAACUGCAGGCGCGAAUGCGUCUACGGGCGAGCCUACGAAAGUGGCGAAAAUACCGCCACGUCCACCACCGAAGCCCAAGAAGAAGAUGUCCGUGACGGCGACACGCGGCGGCCAAGGCAGUACCAGCCAGCUGUUCGAUGAUGAGGGUGAGGAUGGCACAGAGGUUUAGUUGCAAGUACACAAAGGCGGCGGUGGCGGCGGCGACGACUGCGACUGCGAUGGCACGAACGCCAGCUAAAACUCCUUCAAACUAAAAAUGGCUGAAUGGUAACUAAAAUUUAAGGCAUUUCGUGGGCAAAAGUUAUGUGCAUCCAGUAGUGCGAAAAGCAGAAAAGCAAAAUAAUAGAAAAAUGUGCGAAAGUGUAUAUGUAUAGUGUGGCAUGUAUGUAUGCAGGUGGUAUUACUGUGUACUCGUACUACAUAUAUAUGUACAUGCUUAUGAAGAUGAAUAGGUAUGCCAGCAGUAGUUAGUUGGGGGGGAUAAAUCAAAAUAACAAACAGCAAAAGGUGGCGAUUGCUUCUCCGUUCCUCUCUGAAAGGGCGCGUAUUUCUGAAAAAUAUAUGUAUGAAAUGGCAUUUUUGCGGUAAUCAAAAACUCUGCGGCGCUUUGGCUGCAAAUGAGGCGGCAUAUACAUGCAUACCUAUGGCGUUACCUUCAGCAAGUUGCAAGGUCUUAUGACAGGGUCUGAGUAAUUGAUAUUUUUUCCAGUCAUAAUCUUCAAUUGGCUGUGGGCUGGUGGCGUAUUUUAAGACUUUAUUUUAUGCAAAGUUUAUUUUUUUUAAUUGAUAAUUGUAACGGCAACGAUUAGGGGUCGACUUUUACGGAUUUAAAAACACAAUGCAGAAUGCAGCUAGAUGUUAGGGGUAUAUUUUUUGCAUCAAAAAGAAAAUUAUGUGAAAAAUUUCGCCUACGUUUUUUGUGGUGGUUAGGGCUCGAUAUAGGUCUACUCGUGAGGGGAUGUCCAUUUUUUACCAAAUUUCAUUAAACCAACUUAAGCUUUAACGACACCGCGUCGCAAUCAAGGUUUUUAUUUCAUUUUUCACAUUGUGGUCUUUUAAGUUCUAGCAGCGCUAAGUUAAUAUGAGUUUUAUGAUUUGAAAAAAAAUUUAUUCACAAAAACUUUCUAAAUUAUUUAAAGACUGUCCUUGAAAGGAAUUAAAAAAAGUUAAAGCGCUUUACAGUAGCGAUAAUAGUAAAAAAAAUCUCUAAUUUACAGAUAUCGUAUGGACUAGGGUGGUUUUUAACAUAUUAACCUCAUAAGCACCCCUUUUAUUUUAUUCUACUUACAAAAUAAUGACAUGCAAAAUAAAGUGUUAGGGGUAGCUACCAGGGUUUUUAAAAAUUUAAUAUUUUUAAUUACAAAAGUUCGACAAAAGUCACGACUUUGCCCAACUAUAACUCAUAUACAUUUUUUUCCUUAAUAAGUUUCAAUAAUAUGUCAAACUUAUGAGACUUCAAGUAGAAAUUAAAAAUUUUUCAAACCCUGGUAGCCACCCCUAAAAGUCGUUUUUAAAUUUUUAAAUUUACAUGGAUGUCUCAUUUUGUACGCAGAAAAUGAAAGGCCCGCAAAUUUGCCCGUAUAAUCAUCAAUUAAGACAUAAACAAAAGACAAAAAGUUAAGCACAGUAUCAAAAAAAAAACACUGAAAAAAUUUCGAAGAAAUUUUCUUGUGUCAAAAUUCCUUAAGACAGAAGGGAGUUCUUAAGAUAUUUGCUAUGGUUUUCUAAAGUUUUUUGUGUACAUAGAGCACAGUGGAAUCCGGGUUUGCAAUAUAAAUAUA